UCACAGAUCUGGUUCGCCACCGUGGCACCUGUCCGCCAUGCAGCGUGGCGCGCGGCCACGCAUCAGCACCGCAAGCUCGAAGGCGUCAUCGGCCUUGCACUCCCUCCACAGCGGCGCUGGUGCGCCCGUGCACCGCCGUGGCUCCGCUGGCUCGCUGAGCUCGAACACGCCCGUGCACCGCCGCAGCUCUGCCAGCGCUCUCCGGAGGGCCUCCUGCCGCGGCGGAACUGGGCUGGUCACUGUGGCCCCCAUCGGCACCCCUGUGGAGCUGGGCCAUUUGCAAGAUGCGCGAGAGUUCUUGCUGGAGAUCAAGCAAGAUUUGUUGGGCGGAGGUGAAGGUGAAGAUGAAGGUUCACGGCCGGCGUCUCCCAGCAGACAAACGCUCACAGGCGAACUUCCACGACCGGAGGCGAAGACCUACAUGACCGCGUUGCAACGUUUGGAACUCCAGCGCUUGCUCCACUCCAAAGGCUGCGGCGGAGAGGAGACUCUGCAACGUUUGGGCGAGCUUUGUCACAAGAUGCAUUUCUUCAAAAGGCUAACAGAGCAGCAGCUCAAGGAGUUUCUCAUUGCCGCGGAGUAUUUGGAGAAAGACACGGCAGAGAUCAUCUACCGCGAUGGAGACCCUACAGGUCACGUCUAUGUGGUGCUCAACGGCUCCGUGGUCAUCCACCGGGCCCUCCCGUGCGCAGGUCGCGCGUUUGUCUCGAGCUGCUUUGAUGGCCGUGCCUUUGGGGAUGGCUGGGACUACACGAGCAAUCAGUCGUUUCGUUGCACCACGGCCGUGGCACAGGAGAUGUGCUUCUUGUUGCGCUUGGACACAGCGACGUACCGAGAGAUCCUGCGAAAGGGCGAGGUGUGUUCCGAUCGAGCGGCAGCCCUCAAGGAGCUCUCCUUUCUAAAGGACUGCAGUGCCAAUGAACUGGAAUCCUUGCUCCUGAUGCUGGAAUCUGUGACCUUCCACUAUUUGGCACUGGUGAUUCAUGCGCUCCAGACGCCAGUGGCUUGCCAUGUGCUGCGACAAGGCCGCUGUGAGCUUCGUGCCUUUGGGAUCGAGGUGAAGGAGCUUCUCCCAGGCGCAUUCUUUGGUCUCGGGGCCUUGGUGGGCCUGGAUUAUGGCGCUCGGAAGGGCAUUGAGAUCAUUGUCAGUUCCAUGACUGCCCAGUUCUACUUGAUCAAAAGGAAGUCGCUGCUGCCGUUGCCCGAUGUCGUCCAGGACAGCAUCCUGAAACAUGUCCGGGACAUGGUGGAGGCGCAACAGGACCCACUUCAAGACGACGGCCGGGAGGUCACGCGCUUGGAGCGCGAGUGGCGCAAGAAGAAGCAACGGAGCUUGGCGGAGGUGCGCCGCACCUCGCAGAAGCGCAAGCCGUUCAAAGCCACACCUCGGGUCUGGCAUCCACCGGGGCAAGCAAGGCCUCUCUCCGCGGGAGCCACCUGUCCGGCUCCGCGCUCGCGCCCGGCGUCGGCGGCGAGCCGAAGUGGUCGAGGCGGCGCGGCGUCUCCUCGGCGCAGGUCGAUGGACUCCUGCGCCAGCGGGGGCGGCGCCCCGACCUCGUCUCGGCCAAGCCGGAGCAUCGUGAAGUUCUCCAACUCCAUGAGCAUGAGCCGACAGAUCUCAAGUCCUAUGGGUCGCUCUCAGCUGCAGCUGCCAGCAUUUGCGGAUGAUGGGCGGCCGAUGGCCGUCUUCGGCCGCACACUGGAGGGCUUUACAAUGCUCUCCUACCCCGCCCCUCUGUCGCCGCUGCACGUCGAGAACCACUUUCUCCCAGACACUGGCUGACCCGCGAGCAUCUGUGAGCGGCUUGGUCGCAGGAGACCCGCCCGCGGCCUCCCCGUCUGAAAACGGAUGGAAGACGGCUCCGGACGUAGACCUCGACCUCCAGGCGGCUCUGGUGCACUGUACAAAAGGAAUGGAUCCCCAAAGGAAUGGAUGUUUGGGAUCCACGGGAACCACUCCCUGGAACUCACAUGAACCACGCGGCUGGCGCGUCGGAUGUUCGAAACGCGCUAGAUGGCAUGGGGAAGGAGAUGGAAGGGCAUUGGGUGCAAUUCCGAAGACCA